GUCUCCGAUCCGCUGCUCAUAUGAAGCUCAAGAUCUUCAGAGGUUCAUACCGACGGGUCGGUUCCAGCGCGACACACACCGACCGCAGUUUGAUGUUCUACGCUUUCUGUUUCCAACACGCAUAGCAUGGUUCGUUUGGACCAAGCGGCACCGUGGCGUACUAAGGGACUUGGAAAGUUACUUAUGCCGAAUGAAGCUUGUUCUGCGUCUGGGUGGACUCUGUGAACGGGAGGUUCGUCACUCGUGUUGGAAAUAACGAGCUGCAAAGCAAAACUAUAACUUUUGGUUUAUCGGGAAGACGUUAGUUUUUUUUGCAUGAAUUCGUAAAUGUGACUAAACGACUAAUACGCUGGGCGCAGUUACAGUUCUUCAACUAAACGUGCUUGCGCGCAGGAUUGGGAAUAUACUCGUUGAUAAAACAUUUGUUGAAUGAAACGCCAGUAGCUGCAGGAGAGAACAGGCAUUGGACGUAACAUAAAAAGUCACUGAGUUAUCACUGAGAAAACAAACCCCUUGCAACGGAGUGCGUACAGCUUCUCUUGCUCAAAGUUUUCGCAUUUUUUAAAAUCUUUACAAACUCGGACCUCCAAGGGAGUUCAGAAAUAUUAGAGUCGCACACAUUAAUGUGCCAUAUGGCUGAAGUAUCAGUCUUUAAUUGAGUCGCACAACACCUCGCCUAAUCGCGCAGGACGCGCCAGAAACCGCAAACGCUCCAGAAUAUUACGCACCGUACAACGCGCACAACUGUGGAGCAACAUGUACCCGGCGUGCCGGACAAACCUGUUCAAUAUCUCUCCAUCUGCUCUCCUGGCAAUGUUUGGGAAUUCGGGGAAACCGAGGAGGAGACCUUGUUGGAUUGUUAUGUUGCUGUCGGUGGUCAUUCAGAUGGCAUCAGCGCAAGAUGAUGUUCCACCUUACUUCAAAACAGAACCGGUACCGAGUCAGUUGCACCUGGAGAGAAAUCGGUUAGUGUUGACGUGUAUGGCUGAGGGGAGCUGGCCUUUGGAGUUCAAAUGGAUCCACAACGACACAGAAAUCACACGGUUCUCAUUGGAAUACAGGUAUCUGAUACCGUCUUUGGACAGAUCACACGCCGGCUUCUAUCGGUGUAUCGUGAGAAACCGAGUCGGAGCGUUGUUGCAGAGGCGAACCGAAGUACAAGUGGCAUAUAUGGGAAGUUUUGACGAAGGUGAACGGACCCAAGCCGUAUCCCAGGGCGAGGGAGCUGUUAUCCCAGCCCCACGUAUACGCUGUUUCCCUCAACCACAGGUGACGUGGUUCAGAGAUGGACGCAAAAUCCCUCCUAGCAGCCGAAUAGCCAUCACCCUGGACAACACGCUGGUUAUCCUGUCCACCGUGGCCCCAGAUGCCGGGAGAUACUAAGUACAAGCUGUCAACGAUAAGAACGGGGAAAACAAGACGGGCCAGCCCAUAACGCUUUCUGUGGAAAAUGUGGGUGGUCCCGCAGACCCCAUCGCUCCUACUAUUGUCAUCCCACCAAGAAACACCAGCGUAAUUUCUGGAACGUCCGAAGUCACGAUGGAGUGUGUAGCCAAUGCCAGGCCUUUAAUAAAACUGAGCAUCAGUUGGAAGAAAGACGGUGUUCCGGUGAGAAGCGGGCUCAGUGAUUUUAACCGCAGACUGACCGUGUUGAGUCCGGUUGUCAGCGACUCUGGAUUCUAUGAGUGUGAAGCUGUUCUCCGCAGCAGCAGCGUCCCCUCCGUCAGCGCUGGAGCGUACCUGAAUGUGCUCGAACCACCUCAGUUUGUGAAGGAACCAGAGAAACACAUCACAGCAGAGAUGGAGAAAGUUGUGGACAUACCCUGCCAGGCCAGAGGUGUCCCUCAGCCUGACAUUGUCUGGUAUAAAGACGCCAUACCCAUAAGCCCCGUGAAGACCCCUCGAUACAGAGUGCUGGCGGGUGGCAGUCUGCAGGUUAAUGGCCUCCUGCCUGAUGACACUGGAAUGUUCCAAUGCUUCGCCCGCAACCAGGCCGGAGAGGUCCAGACCAACACCUACCUCGCUGUUACGAGUAUCGCCCCGAACAUCACGGCAGGCCCUUCAGACAGCACGGUGAUUGACGGCAUGUCAGUUAUCCUGCACUGCGAGACCUCAGGAGCUCCCCGCCCUGCCAUCACCUGGCAGAAAGGAGAGCGUGUGCUGGCGAGCGGCUCGGUUCAACUACCGCGGUUCACUCUCCUGGAGUCAGGAAGUUUACUCAUAAGCCCCUCCCACAUCUCAGACGCCGGUACCUACACCUGCAUGGCCAGCAACUCCCGCGGCAUAGACGAAGCCUCGGCCGACCUUGUGGUCUGGGCACGUACACGCAUCACGAAUCCUCCUCAGGACCAGAGUGUGAUCAAGGGAACGAAAGCGACCAUGACCUGCGGCGUAACACAUGACCCCAGCGUUUCAGUCAGGUUUGUUUGGGAGAAAGACGGUCAGGUGAUCAUCCCUCUGUCUCUACCUCGACUGCGUCUGGACAAUAACGGGACCCUGCACAUCUCUCAGACCUGGUCAGGUGACAUCGGCACGUACACUUGCAGAGUGACAUCAGUGGGUGGCAACGACUCCCGCAACGCUCACCUACGCGUGAGGCAGCUGCCUCAUGCCCCUGAGAACCCCACAGCGGUGUUGAGCACUACAGAGAAGAGAGCCAUUAACCUGACGUGGGCCAAACCCUUCGACGGGAACAGCCCUCUCAUCCGCUACAUUCUGGAAGUGUCUGAAAACAAUGCUCCAUGGACAGUCCUAUUGGCCAACAUCGAACCCGAGUCCACAGCCGUGACCGUAAACGGACUGAUCCCGGCACGCUCGUAUCAGUUCCGCCUGUGUGCCGUCAAUGAUGUCGGCAAGGGCCAGUUCAGCAAGGAGACUGACCGGGUCUCUCUUCCGGAGGAGCCGCCCAGCGCACCCCCUCAGAACGUCAUAGCUAGCGGUCGCACCAACCAGUCCAUCAUGAUUCAAUGGCAGCCUCCACCAGAAAGCCAUCAGAACGGCAUCCUGAGAGGAUACGUCAUCCGGUAUCGUCUGACCGGUCUUCCCGUGGAUAUUCAGUAUAAAAAUCUCUCUAACCCUGAAGUUACAAACCUGCUGUUGGAGGAUCUCAUCAUCUGGACUAACUAUGAGAUCGAGGUGGCUGCUUAUAAUGGAGCUGGGCUGGGCGUUUACUGCCAUAAGGUUACAGAGUGGACUCUACAGGGAGUUCCCACCAUCGCUCCAGGCAAUGUGAAGGCAGAGCCCGUCAACUCCACCACAAUCCGGUUCACCUGGACAGCCCCGAACCCGCAGUUCAUCAACGGUAUCAACCAGGGCUACAAGCUGUUGGCAUGGGAGCCUGGAAAGGAGGAUGAAAUGAAGAUAGUGACAGUCCGGCCGAACUUCCAGGACACCGUGCACGUGGGCCACAUCACAGGCUUGAAGAAAUUCUCUGACUAUUACACCUCCGUUCUCUGCUUCACUACACCGGGAGAUGGACCCCGCAGUCCUCCACGACGAGUGCGCACACAUGAAGACACCCCUGGUGCUGUGGGUCACCUGAGCUUCACUGAAAUUCUGGACACGUCUCUUAAAGUCAGCUGGAGAGAACCGAAUGAGAAGAACGGAGUUCUGACUGGUUAUCGUAUAUCGUGGGAAGAGUAUAACCGCACUAAUACACGGGUCACGCACUACUUGCCUAAUGUUACUCUGGAAUACAGAGUAACUGGACUGACAGCCCUCACCACAUACACCAUAGAAGUGGCCGGAAUGACCUCCAAGGGUCAAGGUCAGCUGUCUUCUUCAACCAUCUCCUCGGGCGUACCACCAGAGCUUCCCGGCCCUCCCACAAACCUGGCCAUCUCAAACAUUGGCCCUCGAACAGUAACCCUGCAGUUUAAGCCGGGCUAUGACGGCAAGACCUCAAUUUCUCGCUGGCAGGUGGAGGCCCAGGUCGGUGUUGUAGGAGAGAAUGAAGAUUGGCUGAUGGUCCAUCAGAGGGCCAAUGAGCCUGACGCACGGUCUCUGGAGGUCUCCGGCCUCAACCCCUAUACAUUCUAUAGGUUUCGUAUGCGUCAGGUCAACAUAGUGGGCACCAGUCCACCCAGCCAACCUUCCAGAAAGAUCCAAACCCUGCAAGCUCCUCCUGAUAUGGCCCCGGCCAACGUCACCCUGCGAACUUCCAGCGAGACAAGCCUUUGGCUCAGAUGGGUGCCACUUCCUGAGUGGGAGUACAACGGGAACCCUGAUUCGGUGGGUUACCGUGUGCAGUACAGCAGGACUGGAGCUCCGUCUAAAGCGUUGCUGCAUGUUAUAGCCGACCGUUUGGAGAGAGAGUUCACCAUCGAAGACCUGGAGGAGUGGACCGAGUAUGAGGUCAGAGUUCAGGCCAUUAACGGCAUCGGAGCAGGACCCUGGAGUCAGCCCGUGCGCGGAAGAACCCGUGAAUCUGUCCCUUCCUGUGGCCCCACCAAUGUCUCCGCAUUUGCCACCACCUCCAGCAGCAUCCUGGUUCGCUGGUUUGAAGUUCCCGAACCUGACCGGAAUGGACUCAUCCUGGGCUAUAAGGUUGUGUAUAAAGAGAAGGACUCUGAUUCUCCUCUUCAGUUCUGGCCGGUUGAAGGGAACGGCAGUCAUAGUGUUCAGCUGACCGCACUGGGGAAGUACGUUCUGUAUGAGAUCCAGGUUCUCGCCUUCACUCGUAUCGGAGACGGCCGGCCUAGCUCCCCUCCGAUCCUGGAGCGCACCCUGGAUGAUGUUCCCGGGCCGCCCGUCGUCAUUCUUUUUCCUGAAGUGAGGACCACAUCGGUGCGACUUAUCUGGCAACCCCCCUCUCAACCCAACGGCAUCAUUCUGGCCUAUCAGAUCACGUACCGCCUGAACUCCACCAAUAGCAAUACGGCCACGUUUGACGUGUUGAACUCCAGCGCACGGCAGUAUACGGUGACCGGACUGAGGCCGGAAUCCGUCUACGUGUUUCGCAUCAGAGCACAGACACGCAAGGGUUGGGGGGAGGCGGCGGAGGCUUUGGUGGUCACCACAGUGAAGAGAGCUCGACCCCAACCCACCAGCCGUCCCACAGUGCCUCAGGAGAACGUACAGGCGCGCAGCGUGCUGCUGGUGUGGGAACCAGGCAGUGACGGUUUAUCACCUGUGCGCUACUACACAGUUCAGGUCAGAGAGCUGCCCCAGAAGAACUGGACGGUCCAUUCUGCAUCCGUCAGCCAUGAGUCCAGUUCCUACAUCGUGGACAGACUGAAGCCGUUUACUUCAUAUCAAUUCAGGGUAAAAGCUACAAAUGAUAUUGGAGACAGUGACUACAGUGAUGAGAGUGAAGCCAUCACUACGUUACAGGAUGCACCAGAUGAAGCUCCUUCUAUCCUCUCUGUCACGCCACACACGACAACCUCAGUUCUGAUUUGCUGGCAGCCCCCACCCGAGGAGAAGAUAAACGGGAUUCUGCUGGGCUUCCGUAUCCGGUACCGGGAGCUUCUUUACGACCGGCUCCGGAGUUUCAGUGUCCACCCCAUCAGCAGUGCUUCAGCCGGAUGGGCAGAACUCACCUCUCCGUACAGCAUGCGAAACAUCAGUGAUUCAUCUCUCGCUCAGUAUGAGCUGGACAAUCUAAUGAAACACAAGCGCUAUGAAAUCAGAAUGAGCGUGUACAACGCUGUGGGUGAGGGUCCAACCAGUUCACCGCAGGAAGUCUUUGUGGGUGAAGCAGUUCCAACUGCCCCGCCUCAAAACGUAGUUAUCCAAUCAGCUACAGCAACACAAUUUGAUGUGACGUGGGACCCGCCUCCUCUGGAGACCCAGAAUGGAGAUAUUCAGGGUUAUAAGAUCUUCUUUUGGGAAUAUCAACGUAAAAACGAGACGGAGAAACUCCGCACUCUCUUCCUGCCCGAGGGAAUCGUGAAGCUCAAGAAUCUAACGGGUUACACCACUUACAUGAUCAGCAUUGCUGCUUUCAAUGCAGCUGGGGACGGCCCUCGCAGCCCCCCGACUAGAGCACGAACGCAACAAGCUGCUCCCAGUGCACCCAGUUUCAUCCAUUUCAGCGAGCUCACCACCACCUCUGUCAACGUCUCCUGGGGCGAGCCGGUUUUUCCCAAUGGCAUCAUCGACGGCUACAGACUCAUCUACGAGCCCUGCAUGCCUGUUGAUGAGUCCUCAGUGGCCUGUGUCGACUGUCUUCACUCCCCCUCCCCCCCAGGCGUCAGUAAGAUCGUGACGGUGGACGUGAAGGGAAACGCCCCCUUGUGGCUGAAAAUCAAAGACCUGGCUGACGGCGUCACGUACAACUUCCGCAUCCGCGCCAAGACCUUCACCUACGGCCCAGAAGUGGAGGCCAACAUCACCACGGGACCUGGAGAAGGAGCCCCAGGCCCUCCUGGUGAACCCUUCAUCUCUCGAUAUGGCUCUGCCCUCACCAUCCACUGGGCCAAUGGGGAUCCUGGACGGGCACCCAUCACACGCUACGUCAUAGAGGCCAGACCCUCAGAUGAAGGCUUAUGGGACAUCUUAAUCAAGGACAUUCCCAAGGAAGUGACAUCAUACACCUUCAACAUGGAUAUCUUGAAACAGGGAAUCAGCUAUGACUUCCGGGUCAUCGGGGUGAACGACUAUGGGUACGGCUCUCCCAGCCAACCCUCCCCAUCCAUAUCAGCUCAAAAGGUGGCUCCAUUCUAUGAGGAAUGGUGGUUUCUGGUGGUGGUGGCUCUGGUGGGUCUUAUAUUCAUCCUGCUUCUAGUUUUCAUUCUCAUCAUCAGAGGCCAAAGCAAGAAAUAUGCCAAAAAAUCAGACUCAGGCAACAACUCAAACUGCAACGCGCUGACACAUGGUGAGAUGGUCAGCCUGGACGAGAGUCGCUUCCCUGCCCUGGAACUCAACAAUCGACGGCUGUCCGUCAAAAAUUCCUUCUGCCGCAAAAAUGGUGUCUACACUAGGUCUCCUCCUCGGCCCAGUCCAGGUAGCCUUCACUACUCCGACGAGGACGUCAGCACCAAAUACAACGACCUGAUCCCAGCGGAGAGCAGCAGUCUCACGGAGAAACCCUCAGAGAUCUCAGAUUCACAGGAGGCGCUUGUUUUCUCCUUUAAGACUGGGGGCCUCCAAACUCUUCCAACUCAAUGGGGAAGCGACAGCGAGUACGAGGUGGACCCCAACCGACAGAAGACCCAUUCAUUCGUCAACCACUACAUCAGCGAUCCCACCUACUACAACUCCUGGCGUAGGCAGCAGAAGGGAAUCUCUCGAGCGCAGGCCUACAACUACACCGAGUCUGAGUCCGGAGAGCCCGAACAACACAGCGCCCCUCCACCUCCUCUGCCCCCGCUGCCCCCGUUCCCCCCGCAGCUCAGCUCCCCCACCCCUCAGAGCCAGCCUCAGACUGGCAGUCUCUUUAGACCCAAGGGCAGCCGGACUCCCACACCCUCCCAGCAGAGCUCCAACCCGCCCAGCCAGCAUGGCACGCUUUAUCGGCCCCCCAGCAGCUUGGCCCCAGAAUCUCGGGCACCCAUCGCUGGCUUCUCCUCUUUUGUUUGAUGGAAUCAAAG